CGACGACAAUACCGACUCAGGUUUUGGAUGGACUGGCGGGAGUUUAGAGUGGCCUUUCCGCUGCUCGUAUCAUGCAGACUAUUGCUUGCUCUUACCCCCUUUGUCAACUCUCUCGGCCUCGACCAUAACCACCAGCUCUCGUCUCCGACGAAUUCGUAUGUUCGUCUGCAGGAAGGAUUAUUCCUCUUCAAGCAUGACAUAGAUCCCUAUGCGGGAGGCUCUUUCUACCACUCCCCGUUAUACCUGUCACUAUUCACCACUGUCCUCCCCACAUCUCGCUUCGUGUCCCGGAUAGUAUGGACUAUGCUCGACGUGCUCGGAGCAUGGGCACUGGUCAAUAUAUGGAGAGAACGGCAGAGUGUAGUACGAACCUCAAGGGAUACCCUUGUAGCUGCUGCGUAUCUCCUGAACCCUUAUAUACUUCUCCCCAACCUAGCCCUGUCCACCGUCUCCUUUGAGAAUACGCUCCAGCUUCUCGUCCUCUUGUACGCCUGCCGACGCCGCCCAUCCCCCGCGCUCUUGCUUGCAGCCAUUCUCAUCCAUCUUUCCCUUUACUCCGCCCUUCUUCUUCCGUCAAUAGCACUCCUACUCCUAUCCUCUCCGCACUCACAUCUUGCGAACCCAAAAUUCUUCACCGCAUACCGACACCCGAACGCGUCUCUGAGCACCCUGCUAUCAUACAUAGGAGAAUGUGUGUUGUAUUCGGUCGUACUGUGCCUAUGCUGUACCGUGGUAGCGGGAGGCUGGGGCUGGGUUGAGAAGACAUGGGGUGUGGUCUUGACCCUUCCUGAUCUUACCCCUAACCCUGGUUUAUGGUGGUACUUCUUCACGGAGAUGUUCGACCACUUCCGCCCAUUUUUCCUCAUGGUGUUCUCGGUGCACCUCCUCAUCUAUGUAGCGCCGGUUUGUUUGAAGUUCCAACAUGACCCUCUCUUCGCCUCCUUCGCGCUACUUGGCGUCCUAGGCAUGUUCAAACCUUACCUGACUCUCGCCGAUCCGGGGCUCUUUCUGAGCAUGUACUCCGUCUUUCCCGAAAUCUUCCCUUACCUCUCACAUCCGCUCCCAACGACCCUCUUGCACCUACACGCGUCACUGCUCCUCCCCCUCUUCCACUCUCUAUGGCUGAAUCAAGGCACGGGUAACGCGAACUUCUUCUAUGCGUCGACACUUGUUCUGGGCAUGGCAAAUGGUGCGGCCCUCGUGGACGCUAUUUGGGCUGGGUUAAGGAUUGCGAUCGGCGGCAAGGAGAGCGAGGAUGAAGGGGAGAUCGCUGUUGUGCAGGAAUAAUGCCAUGUAGUCUCUUACUCAGGCAGUAUCUGGAGCCGCUACGGAGUGCUGGUUCAGACCCGUCCGGCCUUCCCGUCUUUCGCAGAUGUGUCGCAAAUUGUAGAAUUCGACCGUCAACGUUUCAACGUUCAACGUCCACCCGUCAAGCACGCGACUGAC